AUGAAAGAUGACUAUAUGCAUACCGUAAGUGUUCAGGUAACAGAUAAGACAAUAACCUCUUUGGCAGGGAUUGUUGAACAACAAUUACUUCAUGAUUUAGAUGACAUGCUCCGGUUUGCUAUGCCUUCCAAAUCAAUGAGAGACUUUGGGCUUCCUGUUCCGUCAGUCGAUGUCACUGGCAUUCUACAAAAUCGGCUGUUAUUGGAAGAAAUGAGCUAUGAUAAGGAAGAGUUACGAAAACAGCACAGUGACCUUGUACGAAAGCUAAAUCACCAUCAACGAUUAGUGUACGACAAUGUUGUCUCUUCCAUUAACAACAACAAACAGAUCUAUGGGAAAAUCACUUUGGUUGUCGCUGCGUCCGGAAUAGCAUCGCUUCUUUUACCGUCCGGUACAACCGCACACUCAAGGUUCAAAAUACCGAUCGAUUUAAACAAUAAAAAAUCAUGUGACAUCAAAAAGCGUACCUUCCUUGGCAAUCUUUUACAACAAACAACACUCAUACUAUGGGACGAGGCACCAAUGAGUGAUAGAAAAUGUUUUGAAUAUUUAGACCGUUCACUUAGGGAUGUGUUGGCCUGUGAAGAACAACCAUUUGGAGGAAUAUCGGUCCUUCUUGGUGGUGAUUUCCUUCAGAUCCUACCUGUAGUACCAAAAAGUACCCGUUCAGAAAUCAAAGGACUCAGUCUACCGAGUUCGUAUUUAUGGCCAUAUUUUAAAAUUCAGUUUCUCCAUACGAACAUGAGACUUGAACCCUCUGAUACAAUACCCCACUCCUCGAUGAAUUUAUCUAACUUUGCCAGAUGGCUCCUAGAUAUUGGUGAUGGCCAUAUUGGUGCGCUUGACAAGGAUGACCCACGAGACUCAAGCUGGGUACAGAUCCCGCCUUCGCUCCUAAUAUCACCUUCCCCUAAUUCAUUACAGACCUUAAUGGAUUUUGUCUAUGGGGACGACAUACUUAAUAUGCCGACUGCAUCACAACUUUCAGCAAGGGCAAUAGUUUGUCCCACAAACGACUCAGCGGACGAGAUUAACUGUCAAGUUUUGAAAUUAGUCAAUACACUUGCGAGGGUAUACAAUAGUACCGACUCCAUGCAACCCAAUGGAAAACAUACAUCGGAUUUGGAAGGUCUGUAUCCGAUCGAAUAUCUAAACCAACUAACUUUUCCAGGAAUCCCACCUCAUGAGCUUCUACUUAAGAUUGACUGCCCAAUAAUGCUUUUAUGA